AUGGGCAGACUCCUGUGCACGCGAAGAGUUCCUUUCCCCCGAGCCGCGACAGCCAGCUUUUGGACGUCCUGGCAACGCUUAUUUCCUGAUCCACUAAUAUGGAGACGGACUGGACAGCUCCUACAACUGCAUGUAAAUGCGCUUUGUCGAGGGAGCGUUAUCAAGAGGGCAGCCUCGGCCAGCGAGCGAGCGUCAGCCUUGGCUUCCGCUGGCUGCGUCCAGCUCCGCCUUCUGUUCACUCUUGUUUUGACUCUCACUCUUCCCUCCCUCUGCCGGCUCCAUUUUAUCUCCUUCCCAGCCCCUCCUUUGUCCCCCUGCGCUGCAUUGCAAGGGCGUGUCUCUAAAGAGACGUCCUCGUCUGUGGCUUUUCUGAGCCUGCGGCGCGUGGAGAAGCAACGAAUAGAGACCCACCGGCAAGGUAUUGGCUUUCACCUCGGGGCAGAAAGCAAAUAUGGGCAUCGGAGGAGAGCGCGAGUGAAGACUGUUGCAAAGCAACCCCUAAGGGUGUUUACUUCGAAUUAGUAGCUGCCAAGUGAGUUUGUAACCUUCCAGACUAGGCGCGUUAAAAAGAGGUCUCCGCCCGGGGCCCCGGUUAGGCGGCGCGGGGAGCGGGGCAUCAACCUCUCUUUCCUUCGACGCCCCGUUAAGUAAGUUACAGGUAGGUAGCCGUGUUGGUCUGCCGUAGUCAAAACAAACUAAAAAAAAUCCUUCCAUUAGCAUCUUAGAGACCAACGAAGUUUGCUAUUGAUAUGAGCUUUCGUGUGCAUCUGAAGAAGUGUGCAUGCACACGAAAGCUCAUACCAAUAACAAACUUAGUUGGUCUCUAAUUUGGUGCUACUGGAAGGAAUUUUUUAUUUUGCCGUUAAGUAAGGGCAGGCUGAAGGGAGUUAAACAGGAAACGCGAAAUCAGGUUUCCAUAGAUGGCAUUGCCCAACACCAUCGGUGAAAUUUCCCCUUUAGUAUAGUGGUACCUCGUGUUAAGAACUUAAUUCAUUCUGGAGGUCAGUUCUUAACCUGAAACUGUUCUUAACCUGAGGUACCACUUUAGCUAACGGGGCCUCCCGCUGCCGCCGUGCGAUUUCUGUUCUCAACUUGAAGCAAAGUUCUUCACCCCCCCUGAGGUACUGUUUCUGGGUUAGCGGAGUCUGUAACCUGAAGCGUCUGUAACCCGAAGCAUCUGUAACCCGAGGUACCACUGUAUUGUAUAUCCAUGCCAAGAAAAGCGAAACUGUUGAAUUUUAGAUGUUGAUUCCUGCAUUGCAGGGGGUUGGACUAGAUGACCCGCUGGGUCCCAACUCCACGAUUCUGUGCUUAUCCAGCCUUCCUAGAUAUCAAUCUUGGCUGUCUACAACAAGAUGCCAAGUGGCGAAUUCUGAAUUAUAACGCUGUGGUGGUGGUAGUGAUGUUUUUGUUUUUUAAAAAUCAUACAUUUAAUUAGAAUGUUAAACCUUUACUAACUAAUGUGAAUUGGUGGAUUACAUAAUCACAAACCACAGUCAUUUAACCCUUGACCCUCCUGAUAUUGUUGGACUACAACUCCCAUCAGCCUCAGCUACUUGGCUAAUCAUGAUAGGAGUUGGAUGUCAACAACGCCUUUCAGAGUCAAAGUUUCCAGACCCUGGAGUCCAGUUCCUGUUUUUCCAUGGCAUGCUGACAAGAGCAGCUCCUAAGUGGGAAUCCAAGAAUGCAUCCAGAUAAUUGUUAUUUCUGAAUGGGAUUCGAUCCAGUUAGGGAUUCCAUUUGGGAGGGGCUGUUGCUCAGUUGCAGAACAUCUGCACUGCAUGCAGAAGGUCUCAGGUUCAAUCUCCAGCAUAUCCAGGUAUGGCUGGGAGAGAACCCUGCCUGAAACCUUGGAGAGCCAUCAGCAGUCAGUGUAGACUAAGGUAAAGGUAAAGGGACCCCUGCCCAUUAGGUCCAGUCGUGACCAACUCUGGGGUUGCAGCGCUCAUCUCGCUUUAUUGGCCGAGGGAGCCGGCGUACAGCUUCCGGGUCAUGUGGCCAGCAUGACUAAGUCACUUCUGGCGAACCAGAGCAGUGCAUGGAAACGCCGUUUACCUUCCCGCCGGAGCAGUACCUAUUUAUCUACUUGCACUUUGACAUGCUUUCAAACUGCUAGGUUGGCAGGAGCAGGGACUGAGCAAUGGGAGCUCAGCCCGUCGCGGGGAUUUGAACUGCCAACCUUCUGAUCGGCAAGUCCUAGGCUCUGUGGUUUAACCCACAGCGGCAAUGGUGGUGGUCAGACUCGGCCCUCCAGCUGUGUUGGGACUACAACUCCCAUCACCCCUAGCUAACACGACCAGUGGUCAGGGAUGAUGGGAAAUGUAGUCCCAAAACAGCUGGAGGACCGACUUUGGCCACCACUGGUGUAGACAGUACUGUGCUAUAUAGACUGACUCAUUUCAAAGCAGCUUCUAUGUUCUUGUAGCCAUGCUAGCAAAUUAAGCUGUGCAACCAUUGCUGAUUUGGAGCUCUUUUGUAAAAAAGCACAAACUCUCUUAAAAGAAUGUUUCAUUUUGUUUGUGGUAAGUGAUGAGGAAACACUCUGAAAGUGGUGGGGUAACAUUUGCUCAAUCAAACGUCAUCUCCCAUCCCAUCCCCCCCAAAUUAAAAUACAGUAUAACUGACUGAUGUUUCUAUGAAAACAAGUCAAGAAGAAAGCUCCAUGAACAAGUUGCCUGGAAGCAACGCAUCAACUUGGGGGAAGGCAGAGAUUUCCUGAAACUAUACCUAUUGAAAAUAUACCCUGAAACUAUACCCCUUUGAUUCUCCCUGUGCUGCCAUCAGAUAAAGGCACUGGAAGUUGUAGGGAGGAGAGGCUGUUUAACCUUUUCAUUCCCAGCUCUUUGCUCCAAAAGCCCCAGCUUGCUUUUCUCCCAGACGGUGUACACAUGGCAAUUUGAAGUGGAUUUGAUACAUCCCAUGUCUACAUGGGGUUUUGGCGUGUGUGCCAGCAAUGUGACAUUGUCCUCAUCCAAAUGUCAGCCUGCACUUUCUCCCACAUUGAAUCAAGGUUUGCCCAAUGCAUGGUUAAUGCAUUAAGGGAGGAAAAAAUGUAUGUUACCCAGCUGUGGACAUACUGGAGCGCAUUGUGUGCCACUACCCCAACCCCAUCUGUUACCACACCCUCUGCUCUGCUUCCAUUGGUGAGGUGCUCCUUAGUGGAUGGCUGGUGGGCCUAGGUGCAGCACACACACACACACACACACGGUUUUUGUUUUGUUUUGUAUGCAGUUUUGUGGAAGUUGGUAUAUUGGAAAACUUGUAUAUCAACCUUUAAAAAAAAAAACUUGCAAAAAAUCAAAUGUUCCCAACCAUUUUGAUCAUUUUUUAAGGCAUGUGUGCCCAUGCUCAGAAUGAAACAAGUGGGGUGGAUGGGACAGGAGGAAAUAUAUACUGCCUGAAAAGCACUGCCGACUGGGGGUGAAUGACAGGUGGUCUAUAUUGCCCAACCUUGUAAGAUUCCUUCUUACAAAGUUGCAAAACCAGGUUGCCUGGUGUACUUCUGCACCACACCCAUGCCAUAGACUUUACCAUCCUUGGCUGUGUGGGAUUUCCAGCUGCGUCUUGUUUAAGCAGCAUUUUUGUGUUUUUUUUGUCUGGCUGCAAAUUGUCCAAGCUGGGUGGGAUUUUUUUUGCCCACUCCAUACUGUAUUCAGGGGAUGUUGUGAUUUAGGGGUGGAAAUCACAGGUUGAUUUGGUUGCAUGCUUUAUUUGGGUCACAUUAUCGGCAGGAAGGUGUGGGAAAGGUUAUGGUUAGAUAAGGGAACAGACAGUGUUAGAAACUCAAAUAUUUAAGCUAGGCAUCAAAUGGCUCCAUAAACCAAGGUUGCAGGUUGAACAGUGGAAACACCCUUAGGCUCCUUUGAAGGUGAUAGGUGUUUCUGGAGGCCAGCUAAUAUACCGUAGGGUGUGGGGCCCUUAGCUUAGAUCUGGAACAUUCUUGAGCCUCACCUGCACACCUGCCUGGAAUUGUGGGGCCCUGGGAGGGUGUGGGGCACAAAGGCCUCCCUACUUACCAUAAGGCCGAGGCUUUGUCAUGCUACUUGAAAUGGGCAAGGUUGAGCUUGCUCAAAGUUUUGGUUAAUAAUAAAAUGUGGCCCUAUUUCAACCCAUCGCCUCUUUAUUUCUGGGUCUGGUCACAAUAGCAGAUGAAUAUGGUUGGAAAACAAGGUGUGUAGAUAUUUGCAUGCCCAUUGCUCACAGCCAUGCAUAGGUAAACCCAGGCCUCCAGAUGUUUGGGGACUACAAUUCCCAUCAUCCCUGACCACUGGUCCUGUUAGCUAGGGAUGAUGGGAGUUGUAGUCCCAAAAUAUCUGGAGGGCCGAGUUUGCCUAUGCCUGGCUCACACAGAAAUAUUGGAUCUCAAUGACUUGUUUGUGAGAGAAUGCUCCUGCCUGGAGGCACCCUCAGUGCCAGGUGAAUUCCAAAAUCAUGGCACUACCACUGAAGAGGUCCUCGCUUCAGUCCUCACCCAUCUAACUUUUGAAGGCAAAGGGAUGUGAAGAAGGUUUUCCAGUACAUAGCUCCAUAACUGGACAGGCCCAUGUGGAAGAUGGUGGCCCUUACGUUAAUCUGGCUCAUUGUUCUGCCAGCAAACUGCAUCUUAUUAAACAGAAGCUGCAGUGUCUAUUGAUGAGAAGAGCAUUUGCCCAGAGACUAGGUCCCAAUCUGUAAUUAUAAUUGUUUAUAUUCAGUUGUACUCCAGAGUGAGGCUACCUCUUGAUACCAGCAUUUCUGCUUCUUUCCUUAGUGAAACUGGAGCAACAACAAGGUCAGGGCCACAUGGUUGCAACAAGCUCCUGCCACUGCAACUAUACAGCCCUGACCUCACCAUCACCCUGUCCAGGUCAACAACAGUGAUGAUGGCAUUGUUAGGUGGCUCUGCCCCACCACACAUGCCACUGCUGAUAUAGGACAAAUGCUGUCAGUUGUGCGAUGGGAUUCACCCGAUGAACCCCAUCACAGGAAGACCUUCAUAAGGGCUUCCACUUGUGCCAUGCAGCUUCUCCCAUCUCCUUCCCCCAUGCACCCCCCCCAAAUUGGCUCAGGGGAACCCACAGAAUAGAAUCAUAGAAUCAUAGAAUCAUAGAGUUGGAAGAGACCACAAGGGCCAUCGAGUCCAACCCCCUGCCAAGCAGGAAACACCAUCAGAGCACUCCUGACAUAUGGUUGUCAAGCCUUUGCUUAAAGACCUCCAAAGAAGGAGACUCCACCACACUCCUUGGCAGCAAAUUCCACUGUCGAACAGCUCUUACUGUCAGGAAGUUCUUCCUAAUGUUUAGGUGGAAUCUUCUUUCUUGUAGUUUGGAUCCAUUGCUCCGUGUCCGCUUCUCUGGAGCAGCAGAAAACAACCUUUCUCCCUCCUCUAUGUGACAUCCUUUUAUAUAUUUGAACAUGGCUAUCAUAUCACCCCUUAACCUCCUCUUCUCCAGGCUAAACAUGCCCAGCUCUCUUAGCCGUUCCUCAUAAGGCAUCGUUUCCAGGCCUUUGACCAUUUUGGUUGCCCUCCUCUAGACACGUUCCAGUUUGUCAGUGUCCUUCUUGAACUGUGGUGCCCAGAACUGGACACAGUACUCCAGGUGAGUUCUGACCAGAGCAGAAUACAGUGGCACUAUUACUUCCCUUGAUCUAGAUGCUAUACUCCUAUUGAUGCAGCCCAGAAUUGCACACAGGGAGAGGGGAAGGAGGUCAUUCCACCUGGCAAGCUGAUGGAACAUUUGCUAAUAACAUGCCAUAGAAUUCCAACCAUGGGAAUCUACCCUCAAUAUACCCUGCCUACCCACCCCAUCUUUCUACCCAGUCUAGCAAAUUAUCCUUCAACACAAGCAAGUAAGGAAAUUCCUGUCUCAAGGAUCGUUCCCCCCCUCAUUUUAACUCUGUCACCCCCUGAGGAAAUGAAUAGUGUUUCCAUUGGCUGUUGGACUGAAUAACUCAUUUCAGGCUAUACAGAGUGGUGGUAAGUGAACUAGUUUAUUAUCAGAACCCUACAUGCUACAUUAGCUGGGUUCUGUAGCACAGGCUUCCUGCAGGAUUUCCUUUUUUUUUUUUUUUUUUAAAUUGAUAUUUAUUAAGUUUUCAAAGAGUAACAACGAAAAUUUCCAAAAAAAAUUAAAAAUACAAAAAUAACAAAAGUAAUACAAAGAUAUUAAAGAAAAAGAAAAGAAAACCCAGCCGCAAAAAAGAAAUAAAAAGAAAAACAGAAAAACAGAAAUAUAUAGUUCUUUACGAUCUCCAUUAACUUCUUUUCUAGACUUCCUCCUCCUCCCCUCUCUUGUUUCUUAGUUUUUAAUUUUCACAGCAAAUCCUUUCUGUCUUUUUUUCCAUAACAAUCUAUAAUUACAUUUCCUUAUUCUAUUUUCCCUCUUGUCAUAUAUAAACUUUAAUUCAAUAUUCAAUAUUUAGCAGGUUCUUGCAUCAUUACCUUUUUACAAAUCAUUUACCAAUCCUUACUUAAGCCAUAUAAUUUCAUUCAACACCCUUCAAACAUUUAUAAACAUUCCCAAUAUUAAAAAAUAAGAAAGAAAAAAUAAUAAGUCAAAUUCAGUCCAGUCAGCUUCCAGCCUCCCCUCCCCAGGACCCAAGAUUGUCAGUCCUUUUAAUCUCAAUGAUCCAGCUCGUUAACCUGGUUGUCUCGUAUCCGAGGCCCUCAAGUCUCUUUCUUGCCCCUUUCGCCGCUCUUGUUGAUAUUUCCCUUUCAGUCGUGGAGACUCCAACAGAAAGAUGCUUUUAACUCUUUGCAACAAGUCCAUUCCAGACCCAUUACCCAAGCCAGAGAGCAGAUAUUGCCAGUUCCAUUUUCCACAGAGCUUGGAGACUUCGACUACUCCAAUCUUCUGAUGGCCCAUCAGAUUUGCCCCAAGUUCAUUUAUCAAGUUCAAAGGCUGAUCUUGCCCAUCCAAUGAUCCCUCCAUCUCUGAAGCCUCCGUCGCUACAGCAGGUUCAUAUACUUGUAUAGACUUUAACUGAAUUUCAUUUGUUUGCUGCUGUGCUCUGGUAGCUUCCAUCAUCAAGGUCGACUCCUGACGCAUCUGGUCCAGCUGGGCACUUAAUUUUGCAAAACCUUCCAGGAACACUUGUUGAAGCCUUUGUACAAGCAUUGUCCUUCAAGGUCAAAGAAAAUUCUUUCCCACGAGAAUAGCUCUUCUUUUUAAACUCUCUGCAUUGCAAUUUCACUCAGUUCCACUAGAUGGAACAGAUUUUACUUUUGCAACAAUCUUACUUUUUCCAAAAACACUUUAUCCAAAAUUCCCCCUAAGAGGCAACAGUAAAGUCAAAAUGUUACCCUUCUUUUAACUAUCUGUCGAGCUGGAUAAACUUCAAAACGUCAGUUCUGACAGCCCGCUCCUGGUUCAGGGCGGUGGAAAAUUACUUUAUUUUAAACUCACUUCCGCAGGGUUAAACCAAAACCUCCCCCUUCUUCUCCUGCAGUCAAAGGGGGGUUCAGAAAUCUUAGAUGUUGAAUUUUAGUUCUCUCAGAAUUUAAUUUUCAAGCUUUAGUAUAAUUUGUCUUUGCUUUCUUCACGUAACAAAAGAACGGAAGGUUGACUUCCUGUUUAGACCUUUCCGUUCCGAGUCCCAAUUAAGUUCAAUUUCAAGUCCAAAUCCAAUGCUAUUUAUUUAUACUCCAAUCUUAAAAGUGGUUCAACUCUUCCAAGAUCAGGUACUCACGGAUAGAUAUUUUAGAUGCCAGAUUGUCCAAGAAGAAGGCAGCGCUCUCCGAAAACGGCAGUGCGGCUUUGCUGCACGGAGGAAGCAGUCGACUCACAGCACCACGCACCUCCCGCUCCGGAGCCCGUUGCCGGGCUCCUGAACAAGGGGAGAGAGCGCUCUCGGUGCCCGCCGAGUCCCACGACCACAGGCUUCUUCCGCCUGUGGUUUUUAAGGGCCCCCGCUGCGCCGUAGCGGCAGGACCCAAGCCUCCGUGCAGCGGGUUCCCUUCAGUUCGAAGGGAAUUCCGCCAUUUUCCGGAGGCGCCACCCCGGAAGUCCCUUCCUGCAGGAUUUCCCUAGGGCAGGCAUAGGGAACUUGUAGUUCCAAACCCCAUCCGCUGCAGCCAAGAUUGCCAAUAGACAAUUAGAGUUGGAGUCCAACAAUAUCCAGAAGCUACAGAUUCUUCCUUCCUGCUCCAUACAUCUUGAGUAUGUGUUAGAAUAACCCUUCCGAGUGGCCUAUUGCAUAAAAGAACUUUAACAUUGCAAACAGCGGUUGCACAGAAGAAAUUUCUGUUGUGCUGUAGGAUUUCCAAAACAUUUUCUAACUCCCCCUCAUUUUGAGAAAUACUGUGUGUGCAUUGAUAAGAUUAGAAAGCCCCUGAUGUAUGGUGACUUCAACUGAAAGAUUAUAUUCAUGCUCUUGAAGGAGUUGCAUAGUUGAUAACAUUGCAGAUGAGGAUGGGGAAUGGCAGUGCAAAUACAACUGAACAAACCUUGGAACAGGCAGGGGGGUUUUCGGUGGAAAUCUAUGAUUUCGAACCAAGAAACCUGGAACCAAAAUGGAAUUCUGUCUGCAGUUUUGUACAGUGCAGUCCAGUACAUAUAUAUUCAGAGAAGCAAGUUCAAUGGGACUUACUUCAUAGUGAGUGUGUUUAGGAUUGUAGCAUCCAUAGCUGUAUAUUUCAUGUCUCCACAAGGGUGCCUUGAAAACAAACAUGGACUAUGUUAUCUUUUCAUAACAGCUGGUCAGAUGUAACAUUUGUUUUUGUCAAUCAUCCCAAAGAGCAAACUGAAGUGGGGAGAAAUGAUCACACUGUAAAAUAAAUAUAUUAUUUUUUUCCAGACAGGAUUGUAUGCAAAAUCAUGGAAAUGCCAUGUGAGUAAAACAACAAAAAGCAGUUUGUGUGUGUGACUUAUUUGCUUUUGAGCUUGGAAUAUGCACAUUCCUUGGUUUUGCUUGCAUGAAUGCCUCUCUGCUUCUGUUCUUAUUUCCAGUCUGAUGUAGGAGGGGGCUCAAGUUUCCAAUUUAAGAGCAAGACUUAAAAUAAUGCCACAGAAGCAGGAAUCUCUUCUGUUAGGUAGAGUUGGGAGAGAAAUUUGAUUCAGGUUACAUUUGAAGGCAAAGUUACAUAAUUCUCACUUCCUGAAAUAACAUACAAAACCAAAAUACAGCAAACAUUUGAAAUUCACAUUUAUCUGAAUUUUGCAAUACAAUUCUCCAGCCGAGUAAUGUGUAAAAUAUUUCUAUUAACUAGAGUAAAGUGUGCGUUUAAAUAUGAAUAUUUAAGGGCAAAAACCAUACAAAAAUGCAUUAUAUUAGGAAAAUAGGAAGCUGCAGCUGAUUGAAAAUGCUGCAGAUAGGCUGUUGGUGGGACAGUCUAUGUAUUGGCAGCAUAUAAAUCCGGUGCUGAAAAGUCUGCACUGACUGAUGAACCCGGUGGUAGUAAUAAUAAUAAUAAUAAUAAUAAUAAUAAUAAUAAUAUUCAUAAUCCGCCCAUCUGCCUGGGCUUCCCCAGCCACUGGGCGGCUUCCAACAAAAGAUUAAAAAUACAUUAAAAUGUUCAGUCAUUAUAAACUUCCCUGCCUUCAGAUGUCUUCUAAAAGUCAGAUAGUUGUUUAUUUCUUUGACAUCUGAUGGGAGGGCGUUCCACAGGGUGGGCUCCACUACCAAGAAGGCCCUCGGCCUGGUUCCCUGUAACUUCGCUUCUCACAGUGAGGCAACUGCCAGAAGGCUCUCAGAGCUGGGCCUCAGUGUCCAGGCUGAACAAUGGGUGUGGAGAUGCUCUUUUCGGUAUAGUGGGCCAAGGCUGUUUAGGGCUUUAAAGGUCAGCACCAACACUUUGGAUUGUGCUCAGAAACGUACUGGAAGCCAGUGUAGAUCUUUAUUUGUGGUCUCGGCGGCUGCUCCCAUUCACCAGUUUAGCUGCCGCAUUCUGGAUUAGUUGUAGUUCAAAGGUAGCCCUACGUAGACCGCAUUGCAGUAGUCCAAGCGGGAGAUAACUAGAGCAUGCACCACUCUGGCAAGACAGUCUACGGGCAGGUAGGGUCUUAGCCUGCGUACCAGAUGGAGCUGUUAGACAGCUGCCCUGGACACAGAAUUGACCUGUGCCUCCGUGGACAGCUGUGAGUCCAGAAUGACUCCCAGGCUGUGCACCUGGUCCUUCAGGGGCACAGUUACCCCAUUCAGGAUCAGGGAGUCCUCCACACCUGCCUGCCCCCUGUCCCCCAAGAACAGUACUUCUGUCUUGUCAGGAUUCAAUCUCAAUCCAUUAGCCGCCAUCCAUCCUCCAACUGCCUCCAGGCACCCAGUGGCAUUGAGGUCAAAGGAAAUGAAACUCAGAAGUUGCAGGUUGACAACUUUUGGUGUUUUGCACCUCACAGCCUACGUUUCUCUCUCUCUACAACCAGCUGACUUCCAAAUUAAAAUGGCAAUGUGUUUAUUAAUAUUUUAAAGAAAUAAUUUUAUAAAAUGUUUAUAAACAUUUAUAAAAUUUUUAGAAAUGGUAAACCUAACACAUUUUAAUAUAAAUAUUGCAACAAACUAGCAUUUCUAAAAAGGCUAAAAUAGGGGUGUAAGGAUCCCCAGCAAUUGGCAAUUGAAUUUUGAUCCAUAAUCUUUUGUCCUCACCUCUCUCAUGUAUUUAUUUUAUUUUUAUUUAUGAAAUUUGUAUGCUGCCCUUCCUCCACAGAUCUCAGGGCACUUCACAUAAAAAAAUACACAAUACAAAACACAAAAUGCAUAAUUAAAACAAAAACAAACCAAUAACCCAGCCCCAAAAGCAUUAACAGGCUUCACAAUGUUUCACAUGCACAGUGUCUAGGUAUGGAUAAUGGAGAUGCAGGGCACAAGUGUAACGUACCAUACACCUGACUGUCUUUCUCUUCUUCCAGCAAAGGAAUCUGAGCCUACCCCACCACCUCCACAAUAUCCAGGCCCAGGAUAUCCACCUGGCCAAGCCCAAUAUGGAUAUCCUCCGAAUGCGCCUGGACCUGCAGUCCCAGGUAAGCAGUUGGGUCUAUGCAGGCUUUCUUCGUUUGCUUACAAAAUGAUGUUUAGAUAGGUGAAAUAUUCAGAAUGUGGCUGUAUGACUAUUCAUUUAAAUCUUCAUUUAUUACAUUUAUAUCCUGCCUUUCCUCCAAGAUCCACCUCCUGCCCAUAUUUCCCCCCCAAUAAAUCCAACAAGUUAGGCUAAGCUUACUGGCUUCCUGGGGAUUUGAAAGUCUGUUUCCUAUCCUUAAUCACGACUCAGUUGCUGUUAUCUGUUCAGAAUUUUGUAGUACAAUGGUAAGGCACACAGCAUAAAACCUGAGUUGUUGCAUCACCACAUCGCACAGUAAGCCAAAAGCCAUGGUUUAUUGUGUGAGAGUGAACUCACACCCACUGUGGAUGAUGGAAGUGUCACCGCUGGGAGAAACAACCAUGAACCUUGGUUUAGUGUUGUGUCUGUAGCAGGGAUUGUGGUUUGUUUUGCCACUAACAAAGCACAACUUGUAGCCGAAGUUUGUUCUUGGCUUGCACAUCAUAGCUUGCUUCCUCCCAAUGUGAGCAGGGAGAGGUGGGCGGCAAAGAAACAGGUGUGAUUUUGCUUGAAGUUAAAUUAUGUUUUGAACUGGAAUUUAGGUGAAUUGAAACUGGGGAGCGCAUUGUCCCCAUAUCCCUUACAGGCCUCCAACACAUCUAUCAACAAUGAGGUGGUGUAAAUCGUUUGUAUAAAGUAGUGUACAGUGUUUUGAUUUUUCAUUUUACACCCCUGUGUGUAUGAUGAAUACUCUGUGCGCCCUCUAGUGGAUUUUUCAGCCAUUGAUGACAAGUUUGUGAAACCUUGCAUUUGUGAAAAACUUGCAUUUGAAAUGCAUUUUCUUUCCUGUAACACAGCCGACUUAAAAAAAGGAAAAAAGAAAAGAAAAAAGAAAGUCUUGCGAUCUUGACUGAGAUUAUUGCAGAAUUUAAUUGGAACAUGAUGAAGAAUUAACAUUGAAUUUAUUUUCAGUAGUUAUAAAUCACAUUUGUGAAAUUAUCCAAAAUGAUUUGCCACAAUGAAAGGAAUCCAUGAUCAAAUAUAAUACAGCAAGGCUGUAGUUCGGAGGCAUAGAGUGUAUGGAAACUGAAAGUGACCCUUCCACCUUAUUGAAUGCCCUUAUGGGCUCUUACCGAUGGGUGAAAGCGAAGGGUUGUUGUUGAAACAUACAGUACAACCACGAAUCCUUCUGAAGCUGCUCAGUUUGCUUUCAGUUGUUUCUGAUUUGCAGUGCAACCCUAGCCAUGUCGACUUGGAACCAAGUCCUGUUGAAUUCAGCGGAUCUUCCUCCCAGGUAAAUGGGAGUUAGGAUUGCAGCUUUAGGGUCUUCAAGAAUUCUAGAGGUUAAAAUAAUGUUUUAAUUAGGUUUUGAUCUUUCAAAACACUCCUGGAUAACUUUCUUCAAAUUUCCUAGGUCUGCCAGCAACUUACAGUGCUGUCCCGGUUCAGUAUCAGCCUAAUGUGCCUGUGAUUUGGAUGCCGCCACCUCCUGCAAUUCCAAAAUGCCCUCCAGGAUUGGAAUAUUUAAGCCAGGUAUCUCCCUCCAUUUAUCCCUAUGUCUCAUCAUUUACCAAGCACAGCAGUCUCCACAAAUAUGGUCACCACAGUUGCCAUGGUGAACCCUGCCUUGAUCCUGGCAAUCAUAAUUGGGAAGCCAUGCACAAGAACCAGCUGUGGUUUUUCUUUCUUUCCUUUCCUUUCCUUUCCUUUCCUUUCCUUUUCUUUUCUUACCACCCAAACUUUCAAAAUCACAUUCUCUUGAUUUGAGUAGAUGGAUAGCUGCCUACCAUCUCCCUCCACCACUCUCCGCAGACACCCACCAUCGCAAUAAAAAUAAAAUAAAUGAUAAAAAGAACAAUUAGCCGUUUUCUGCCCUUUCAUAACAUUCAAAAGGAACUGCAUUGCUUUGCCUUCCUCAUUGAGGAGGAGCUGGCUAAUGCAGAAGUUUGGCUUCACCCCUGGAGGCACACUCCAUUGUCUCUCGAGACAGAUGAAUAUCAACAGUGGAUAUAAGCACCUCUAAGCAAGUGUGCAGAAAACGAAAAUGGUGGCAGUGUAAAUGACCAUAAAUAUUACCAAAAAUGUACAAUGUUACAUUAAAAUAAUUGCACCUAUGUAAUCGUUUUGUAAUGCAUUUCUGUUUUAACAUGUAUGCUCUUGUCUUUUGCCUUUUAUCUUUGCAACAGCUUGAUCACCUAUCAAUUCAACAACAGAUUGAGCUGAUGGAAAGUAUGAUCUUGCUAUCUUACUUAAAUUCUAAUUCAGCAUUGAGAGUGACUUUCAAAUUGAUGGCUGUGCUUUUUUAAAAUCCAGGAUGUUCUCUAUUACUAAAGCUAUGCGUUAGCCACCUUCCCUAUAUUAGAGGUGGUGUGUGAUAAACAACAACUCAGAAUAAAACAAAUUGGGAAAAACAGCCAAAAUGGGAUGGGGUGAAACAGCACUUUUGUAAAAGCAAAUUAGCCAGCUGACCCAAAGAUCAAAAAUAAUAAUAAAUAGUAGUAGUAAAAAAAAAUGUGUUGUGCAAAAAAGACUAAGAAUCCAAGUGAGAGCAUUCUUUUCCUUUUCUUCCCUUAUUUGUACAAAAUGAUUUUCACAUCCUGAAACAUGACUGCAUGUAAUGUUAAUGACAUGAUGAGCAAUCACAUUGUACCUUAAAAAUAUUAAGGACCAGGUUGUUACCUAGACAUGUGUGGAGUGCAGGCUUCAUCUUUUCUCUAGGCCCAUUUCAUUUGAAAUCAUGCCCCACCCUGCAGCAGUUAACAUUAGGGGGGAAAGUUCUCAUUGGAACCAAGAGGAACUUUCCUCCAGUGCUAAUUACUGUCCAUGAAGGUGUUAGAUUUUGUGGAAACUGCAACUGGAGAGGCAGGUUUAAACAUCUCCUCCUGCUGAAAUCUUUAACCAUCCCCUCUGAACCUAGUAUAUUAACAUUUACAAAUACAUGUUGCUAAUCGUGUCCUUAACGUCACCUGUAGUGAGGCCCGGCAGCCUCUCUUUGCUGCUUGCUCAACUGGUUCAGUGUUUGGACAGACAAUAAGGCAGCGUAAUACCUACAUGUUGUCUUAUUUUACUAGACAGGCAAGAAGCUGAAUAUUCUUCUAAGGCAUGGGUAGGCAAACUAAGGCCCGGGGGCCAGAUACUGCCGAAUCGCCUUCUAAAUCUAGCCCGCAGACGGUCUGGGAAUCAGCAUGUUUUUACAUGAGUAGAAUGUGUCCUUUUAUUUAAAAUGCAUCUCUGAGUAAUUUGUGGGGCAUAGGAAUUCGUUCAUUUUUUUUUUCCAGAAUACCUGUAUAGUCCGCCCCCCCCCCCACAAGGUCUGAGGGACAGUGGACUGGCCCCCUGCUGAAAAGUUUGCUGACCCCCGUUCUAAGGCUUUAGUACUGUAGAUUUGAGGCUACAGUUGAUGGCUCCAAUUUUUGUUCAUAAUGUUCAUGACAAGCGUUUGGAUCAACUACGUAAGCACUCAAACUGAUGUUGCUUCCUUUUCAGUGAUAAGUGGCCUUGAAACUUGCAACAGAUAUGAAGUCAGAAACUCUGUGGGGCAGAUGGUGUAUUUUGCAGCUGAGGAAAAUGACGACUACACUCUGAAUUGUUAUGGGGCAAUACGCCCCUUCACCAUUAAGUUCUAUGACAGUGCAAGCCAGCCAAUCAUGCAGCUGACAAGAGAUUUCCAGUGUUCCAUUUGCUGCUGCCCUUGUAUUUGCUGCUUGCAAGAGGUAAACUUGCACUUUUCCUAGGAGCCCAUCUUCUGAUUUUCUUCCUCAAAUUAGUCUUUCCAACUUUCAAGAUGAUACUCUUUAGGGAUAGGUAAAGGUAAAGGGACCCCUGACCAUUAGGUCCAGUCGUGGCCGACUCUGGGGUUGCGGCACUCAUCUCGCUUUAUUGGCUGAGGGAGCUGGCAUACAGCUUCCGGGUCAUGUGGCCAGCAUGACUAAGCCGCUUCUGGCAAACCAGAGCAGUGCACAGAAACACCGUUUACCUUCCCACCAGAGCAGUACCUAUUUAUCUACUUGCACUUUGACGUGCUUUCGAACUGCUAGGUUGGCAGGAGCAGGGACCGAGCAACGGGAGCUCACCCUGUCACGGGAAUUCGAACCGCCGACCUUCUGAUCAGCAAGUCCUAGGCUCUGUGGUUUAAUCCACAGCGCCACCUGCGUCUUUAGGGAUACCUACUUAUUAAUUCUCAAGAUUUCUUUGUGGCUCUUUUCAGGUGGCUCCCAUCAUUUCAGUUCAUAUUUUUAAUUACAGAGAUUCAAUUCAUUAGAAUUAUGAAACCUUCACAUCUCUUUCCUCAAGAAAAUACAUGCCAUGUAUGUGAGGACACACUAUACCUUUGGUUAACCUAUUUUCCCCAUGUAUUUUCAUCCUGGGCAUACUCCAGCUUGUAUUAUAAACCUGGAAAUUCUUAUUUGUGCAUUUCUGCACUAGACGAAAGUGCAAGGUCCUGUUCUUACUGUGCUGUUUUUCCUUUGAAGCUUGAAGUUCAGGCCCCACUAGGCACAGUCAUUGGUUAUGUUAAACAGAAGUGGCAUCCCUUUCUCCCGAAAUUUGUUCUCCAAAACGAGGCCAGAGAAAGCGUACUUAAAAUGACUGGGCCAUGUGUGCCAUGCCGCUGUUGGCAGGAUAUUCAUUUCGAGGUAAGUCAAUCCUUAAAAAGCUAAAUUCCUAGGUUUCCCUGCCAGAUCUUUGUUAUUGAAGUAUAUUGUAUCAGAACACUAAUUGCAUUCAUUAUUGGGGCAUUGAAUUUACUCAUAGUAGCAGGUGUUAGCGUCUCAGGGCUAGGGGUGUUGGAUAAUUCUGUCCAAAGCGUUUUGUUCAAGGUCAGGAAUGGAAAUCAUAAAAGCAAAUAUGAUGGGCAUUUGCUGUCUGCAAACGUUGUGCACACAGCAGAUAUUUUCUAUUUGUUUUUGAUAUUUCCCUUCCAUUGAAAUGCAUUGACGCUGAUCACAUAAUUAAUUAAUUAUGUUAAUUUUGCUCACCGUGGGAUAGCAAAACAAACUGUAGGUUUUAGUGGAAGCCAAACUGUAUUGGAAUGGGGAAAGCGCUGAUAGUGACAUACACAGUAUGGUACAGAAUUGGCUCCUUCCUUGCAUCCCCAUACUCUGCUUUGUUCCAGUCUGGCAAGUGUGUUGUGUUGGGGGGACCUUGCAUCAGGUCCUGCACCAGGCCUGGGUUGUGGCAGGGCUGUGAAUGGAAGGAAUAUGUGAUUCGGGGGGCAAUCCUAAAGCAAGAACAAUAAAUGCUAUAGCCACUUAGAAGCAUCAGACUGCUGAACCCCUGCAAGCACAACAUAAGGUUGAGCAAAAACCUGUACACAGGAACAUAGGAAGCUGUCUUAUAUUGAGUGGGAACAUGGGUCCAUUUAGCUUAAGUAACGUCUGGACUGACUCUCCAGGGUUUCAGGCAGACUCUUCCAGCAGCAGCAACAGCAACAUUUUUUUUGUACCCCGCCCAUCUGACUGGGUUUCCCCAGCCACACUGGGCGGCUUCCAACAGAAUAUAAAAAUACAAUGAAACAUCAGAUAUUACAAGCUUCCUGAGUGCUGCUACUGAGAAGGUCCUCUGCCUGGUUCCCUGUAGCUUCAGUUCUUGCAAUAAGGGAACUGCCAAAAGGCUCUCGGAGCUGGAUCUCUGUCUGGGCUGAAUGAUGGGGGUAGAGGUGCUCCUUCAGGUAUACAAGGCCAAGGCCAUUUAGGGCUUUAAAUCUCAGCACCAACACUUUGAAUAGUGCUCAGAAACAUACUGGGAGCUAGUGAAGAUCCUUUAGGGCCAGUGUUAAAUGGUCCCAGCGGCUGCUCCCAGUCACCAGUCUAGCUGCCGCAUUCUGGAUUAGUUGUAGUUUCCGAGUCACCUUCAAAGGUAGCCCCAUGUAGAGUGCAUUGCAGUAGUCCAAAAAAGAGUUAACCAGAGUAUGUACCACCUCAGUGAGACAGUGCUCAGGCAGGCAGGGUCUCAGCUUAUGUGCCAGUAGAGCUGGUAGACAGACGGCUUGGACACAGAAUUGACGUGUGAACCCAAGGCUGCACACCUGGUUCUUUAGUGGGACAGUUACCCCAUUCAGGACCAGGGAGUCUCCACACCUGCUCACCCCCUGUCACCCAGAAACAAUACUUCUGCCUUGUUGAGAUUCAGCCUCAAUCCGCUGACCUACCUGGAAAUGCUGGGGAGUGAAUCUGCAAAGCAAAAGCUCUUCCGCUAAACUACAGGCUUAUGCCUGUGAUAUGCUGGCAGAGAAACUGAAAGGGGACAGAUGGGGGUGGGAUUAAUCCUAAGUAUGGGAAGCUAAUGUGAAGUAUGCCAACUUAAAUUAAGCCAGCGUAAGGUACACCGGUUCCAAACUCCAUUUGGGAGCAGGGUUGCUGCUGGCUAAACCAACCUAAUCCUGGCAGAGGGAAAACAAUCCUUUAACAAAGGUUUGGAGUUAUACCAUUUUUUGCUGGCUUAACUUAUGCCGAAUUUACCAGGUCAUGUGACUUGAGCUGAAUAGGCUUAGGAUCCAGCCCGAGGUUCCCCCCGCCCCGGUCUCACCCCUGGAAUUCCCUGCUUUCAAGGCUUACGCCACCUUAAGAUCUGCCAUGCUCAGCUCAAGCUGGCUAGGGGUGUUCCAGCUGAGGGAGUUUCACCAGUGUAGAUCAGCUUGAACCAGGAACCUCAUGGCUCAGCCGGAGAUCCGCUGGACCCUUUUAAAUGACUAUAGCAUUUAUUGUUAUUAAGAUGUGUAAUUUUUAAUUGAUGUUGAAGUUGAUAUAUAUUUAUUGAUAGGUUAUGUCUGAUGAUGAACUCUCUAUACUUAGGGCCAUUUCAUAAUUUUAAUUAUUAGUGCUGUGCCUUAUUUUUGUGCUUUAUGUUAUACUGUGUGCUUACCCAUAUUUUUCGCUCUAUAAGACCACAAGACGCACCUAGUUUUUGGAGGAGGAAAACAAGAAAAAAAAUUUCUGAAUCUCAGAAGCCAGAGCAGCAAGAGGGAUCGCUGCGCAGUGAAAGCCUGCGCAGCCUGCAUUCGCUCCAUAAGAUGCACACACAUUUCCCCUUACUUUUUAGGAGGGGAAAAGUGAGUCUUAUAGAGCAAAAAAUACGGUAUUUUAUUGAAUGCACUGUAUAAAUGUAGUUAAAUGAAAACAAAAAAACACCUUGCAAAUAAAAUAUUUUUUUCUGUUCAUAUUAAAAACCAGGUGAAGACACUGGAUGGGAACUCUACAGUCGGGACAAUCAAUAGGAAGUGGGCAGGCAUGGCAAGAGAGGCUGCCACAGAUGCAAGCAACUUUGAUGUCCAGUUCCCCAUGGACCUUGAUAUCAAAAUGAAAGCAAUCACCAUGGGGGCCUGCAUGCUCCUGGUAAGCCUUAUACUGUACCUCAGACUCUACAGUAUGAUAUUAAGGUCCACUGCACUGGAGCAGUGGUUCAGGGGAACUGGCACAAGGACCUUUAUUUUAAUGUUACACCGCUCUUCCUCACAACUGGAUGCCCAGGGCCCAUGUGCAACAGAAUUAAACUGUCAUCAUAAAGGAAAUAAUUUACUAAAUUCCUAAUACCAAACAAGAAUCCAGUUUGUUUGGUGUUAGGAGUAUAGUAAAUUAUUUCCUUUACACUGAUGGUUUAAUUCAUUUAAAAUGAAGAAGCUACCAUCUAAGACUGCAGUCCCACUCAACCUUAUAAGCAAACUUAUAAUGGAGAAGAGGGCUAUUGAUGGUUAUUAGCCAUGGUGGCUAUUCUGCAGUUGGAGGCAGCAAUGAUUCUGAAUACCAGUUGCUGAAAACCAUGGGAGGGAAGAGUGCUUUUGUGCUUGAAUCUUGAUUGUGGGUUUCUCACAGGCAUCUGGCUGGCCGCUGUGAGAACAGGAUGCUGGACUAGAUGGGUCAUUGGCCUGAUCCAGCAGUCUCUUCUUAUAAACAGUGCUGUACUUCACAGCAGAGAAGAUAAGGAGAUAAUAUUGGAUGGAUGGAGAAUGCAGCAUAAGUGGGCAAAGUAGACAGUGUGCUGAAGAAGAAGUAUGUGCUGGUCCCGUGGGCUAACUGUGAGGCGAGAUCCAAGUCCAGUAUGAGGUCGAGGUUGCAGUAUGGAAGCAGUCCAUCAAAGCUGAAGCUGGGUCCAAGGCAGGGAGUCGAGUGAGGUCAGGAGAUCCAGCAGGACAGGUGCAGGCAGGAACUGGCUACCAACAAUGUUGCUCCCGCAACUUGGGACUGGGGCUGGCUGGCUUUUAUCUGCCCCAAGGCAUAGGGCGGCCCCAGUCCACAGGUGACUCGCCUCUCCUGGCCUGGAGGCGAGCACUCCUCCUGCGGGAACUUAGUUCCCUCCGCCUCUCUGCCCUGAGCCUGCAGCUCAGGAGUGGCUGGAGGGUUACCAGACCCAGAGACUACCUCUGACGGGGCUGAGAGUGGAGCACCUGCAGGCAAUGUGUCCUCCAUCACCUCAGGGGCCAGAGCAGACUCAGCUGGUGCCUGCACCUGAGGAUCCAGCACAGGUGAGGACCCUUCAGGCUCAGGCCCCAGCCCCGGCUCAGCUGGUUCUGGAGGCGGGGUCUCCUGUGCAGGCUGGGAUCCCUCAGGUUCAGCCUCCGAGUCCAAAUCCCAGGCCAUCACAAAGUAGUUGAGAAAAUGGAUAAUAUAGACAUUCUAUUUCCGCUUGGAUGUUGCUGAGACAGUGGGCCUAUACAUCUACAACCUCUUCAUUUUCAUCAGAUGAUUUCAACAAUAUCAAGUUUUUCAUUCUUCUUACCUUUGAGGCCAGGCCAUAUUUUCUUUAGCCAGCAACAAUUCUUCAAGUGUACAGUGAUACCUCGGGUUACAGAUGCUUCAGGUUACACACGCUUCAGGUUACAGACUCCACUAACCCAGAAAUAGUACCUUGGGUUAAGAGCUUUGUUUCAGGAUGAGAACAGAAAUUGCGCGGCGGCGGCAGUGGGAGGCCCCAUUAGCUAAAGUGGCACCUCAGGUUAAGAACAGUUUCAGGUUAAGAACCAACCUCCGGAACGAACUAAGUUCUUAACCCGAGGUACCACUGUAUACUAAAAAUUGAAAUCUUAAGGAGAAAGUGACAAGGGCAUUUAUGAAGGGCAGGCAGGCAGACUAUUAUUGCAAAGUUUCGUGAUUCUCAAGGGUAGAGAACCACCCACAAGUAUUUCUCCCAGCUACAGUGGUUUCAACUCCUAAAAUUUCUGUCCAGAACAUUUUCUUCUCCAACAAUACAAAUGGCAGAAAGGAUUCUUUCAGUCAUCAAAAUUCAGUUGCUUUGGAUGGUUUGCUCUGACAAGUAAAAGAAAGCUUCUUUGCUCUAGAAUUCUUUGCAAUCCAUACUUAUUCAUAACUGCGCUUCUUGGAUCUCCAUACCUGCCAAUUCCUUGGGUAUUAUACCAAGGGCAUGAACUAAAUGGUAAUCUAUUUCUGACAGAAGACAGAGAGGCUGGUACUAAUAGGAUAAUGAUGUGAGGAAGAAGGUGGCUUCUUGCAAGCAAGCUUCAUGUGGAAGGAAUUGCAGCUCAGUCGUAGCAGCAAAAUUCAUUGCUUAUUCUGAGGUAGCUUAAGCUGUACACGAGGUCACAUUGCCAGCUGCUAUUACUGGAAGAUAACUGGUCAAAACAUGCAUUGAAUCCAGAGCUGUAGAUAUAUGUGGAAAGAAAGCAGAGUAGCAUUACUAUGAUUGUUUUAUUUAUUUGUCCCUUAAUACAGUUCCAGGCAAUGCAAAAAUAUAGAGUUAAAAGCAUACCAAUUACCAAGACACUUCACAAAGCAGCAACAGCAACUUUGAAAACUCCAGCUGUAUAUUUUAGUUUAGUUUUUUACUUACUCCUAAAGAAUUUAUAAACUGCUUCUUAUUAUAAAAACCUCUAUGGGUUAUGCUAACCCAUCAGAAUUCAACAAAUGCCUAAGGUAAGUAGUAACCUGGCGUUGAAAAUAUGUUGAGGCCACCCUCACUGUGCAGAGCCUUCCAUAGCUGGAAAAGAGGCCUUGGGGGGAUGAAUGUAGGGUCCAGGUAGCUUCGUGCUGGGAGAGAUGCUGUUUUCAUGUAUUUGGGCCUCAAGCCAUAUAGGGCUUUCUAGGUCACUACUUUGAACUGGGCUCAGCCACUGCAGCUGUGGCAGAACCAUAGUUAUGUUGCUAGAUUAUUUAUUCUUAUUGCGUGAUUAAUGGAUUUUAUAACUGUGUUGGGAGCUUAAGAAUAGCCCACCAAUGACCCAUCAGGUCCCAUGCUGUCCCGACUGAGCUACUCCUGACUUAGCAGUGAAGAAGCAUCCACCCACAAAGUACGAACUUCCAAGCAUGCAAACAUUUCCUCAACCCUCAAACAAUAAAUUGCUUACAGCCUCAUGGAGUUGCAUUCAAGAUACGAAGGAACCAGACCUAGGGACAUGUGCUGUUGUAAAAUAUAAAAUAAAUUAUGGAUUUGAUUCCAGAGUUCAUGUAAUUGAUAGUUCUUUUUUCUACUACUUAGGAUUUCAUGUUUUUCGAACGUACGGGAAAAAGAAACCGUGAUGACUGA